AUUUUUGUGAUUUUGCUCAUGAUAAAGAUAAUUGCUACAUUUUUACUGUGUAAAUAUUUAGUUCAACAGUAUUUGUAAUCUAAAAACCACAAUCCAUCCGACAAAUUGCCUUGUUUGUACAUUCAGCGCUAUGCGAAAGACACCCGUCCCUGCAAGCACCUUUGCACAGACGGUAGGCACACCACUACUAUCACACCUGCCAUGAUCGUCAACAAAGCGAGCUCGGAACAGAUGUGCGAUGGACGUGCGCGGCUGAAGUGUGGUGGUGCUUCGGUUUUCCAGCGAAACCCAUUUCUGGUUGCUGCGUUCCGCACCGUAGCGGAUUGAUUUUCCACCCCGCACUGCUGCCUCGCUGCUGCAUCGUUGCGGGAAAAAGGGCCAAAAUUCCAAAGACAGAACGACGGCAAAACGCAAAAACUGCAGUGUAUGUGAGUGUGUGUGUACUGUGAUGUCGAGGUAGACGGGGUCCCCCUAUCGGUGGUGGAUCCUGUGUGUUUGUGUUCCGUAUAUGUGCGAUUUGCAUUUGCGUCGUAAAAGAUAUGAACCGAAUGACUUCACCGCACCAUUACUGCUUUGCCCGUCGAUUGCAGCCGUGUGGUGCUCACACAUAGCGCUCAUAUGAUAAAAAGGUGAACCAAGUGCUUCGAGAGCUACUUAGACCGCCGCCCAUUGCUGGUUGGUUGUGGUCAUAGAAGGGGGGUUUUCCUCUAAACGAAUCCUCCCCUGCAGCUGACGUUCCAAUAAUCGCAUACGCUGCAGCGAGAAGACACUCCACUUCCGUGCUCGUAUGCCUUUUCCACAGUGGUGGUGUAAUAGUGUGUGUGUGUGUAUGUGUAUGACUGCGUUGGGGGUGCGAGGUCCGAUAUUCUGCGAAAACCUGUGUCCGAAUCUUUUUUUAACGACCUACCCCCUAACGCCCAAGUUCCGAGAAUACGUGAAAGAACGUUCACCAUUCCGCCCUGCUGCUCCCCUAGGGCUAGGGCUUCACGCAAGUGUGCUCGGUGAAGAUGAAAUCGUACUGCGUGCGUGUAGGUGACUGCCGUCGGACUUGCAAGUGGUGUAGUGUGUGCAGGCCCGUGUAGUUGCAACGCGCUGUGUGUCGCUUCCAAUCCGCUUCCCACAAGCAAGGCUGUGUGUCGGGUGUGCAUUUUACGACACGUUCUAGCUUCGUGUGUGGCGCCGUCGUUGGCUCGGGCAAGGGCUGCGGCCAGCAGGAAGAUUGUUGGCGAAACAUUUGUUUCUUUUUUUAUGGCUGUGAGUGCACACCAUCCUUGCGUGCGCGUUAGCAACGGCAACGGAGAAAAGUGUUGGCCGAAUGAAACGGCUGCUGCGAUCCAGAUGACACACCAGUUUGCUUGCUGGGUGCAGCCGUAGGUGACAUUCCCGCACGCGUCAGUUUGGUCAUACGUUAAAAUAAGAGGACUCUUUAGCGGAAAGGCUUAUCUAAAAAUAAGCGCACGCAAUAACAACUGUGUGACGGUCAAAGAAGCAGUAGGAAGUAGCUUAGUUUAAUGAACGGGGAGAUUGGAGAAGGGGCUGGCGGUGGUGGUAGUGUUUCGGUCACUGCAGCCGCUACCACCAGCAACGGCGAGGAUGAUUACGUGCCACCGGACCUGUCUGUGGCUGCUGGUGGCUCCCCGACGCCGUUGGGAUGUCCCUCGGAAUGGAUGGAGGGGAACCUGUUCGACACGACGAUUCCAUCGACCGUGGACAGCUUGCGAGACAUCUUCGACACGGCCAUACAAUCGAACGUCGACGCUGCACCGGAAGUACCGGGGUCAAAUGAUGGAGAUAUCGAACCAUCGCUGUUUGCUAGCGGGAGCAAUUCGCUCGAUUAUGCACCGGCACCGUCCACCCCGAUGCGCGUUGCCCGUCCCAAUCGGGAGUUUUCCCACGCCGUGCCGGACAUCUUUGGCGACGAGUGUCUGUACAUGUGCGAUCGCAGCGAAAGGGGUGAAGGAGGAGGAGGAGCCGUAACGGGAACGGGUAGCGGAACAGGUUCUAGAUCAGGUGGUGGUGCAGCAGGGUCGUACUACCCGUUGCGCAGUUCCAACCCGAACGUUUCGAUCGCAGCACCAGCACCGCCCUCCCCGAUAAUGCCCAUCCCACCGGCCGCAGUAUUUCCUUCGUCGUCCGUGUCCAGCUCGUCCCGUACGCGGGUCCGCUACGACUAUUCGAAGCACAAUCACAGCGGAUUCGGCUCGAUGUAUCGCCAGUUUCAUCCGGGUGAGUCCGGGGCCACCUCGUCGUCAUCGUCGUCGUCGUCGAACAGCAGCAGCACAUUCGGCACACAUGCGAGCCACGGAGGCCGCACCUUUGUCAAUGAUACCCCUGCGCCGACUCCAACGCAGCACCCGUAUCAGGUGCACUACCGGCAGCAGCAGGGUAGCAGCUACACGCCGUCCACCGGGGCGUUCGGGUACGCUACCAACGAUCACGCCGACAUGCCACCCAGAUCCACCAGCAGCGAGGUGAGACGCGCUCGCAAACGGUUCCUCGACGAUGACGCCGUUGCACAGCAGCAGCACCAUCCACCGGCACUGAGCAGCAACUGCUGGAAUGGAUACAGCAAUGGGAACUGUACGAGGGAGCGGCCGAUGGAAGCAACGGUCCCGGUCCCGGUCCCGGCCCCGGCCCCACGCUCCGAUUCGUCCGGCUGUGUGGGGGUAAAAAUUGAACCAACAACCGUCCCGGAGCCGUGUGCGACAACGGGUGGUGGUGCAACGAUUAAAACGGAACCACCGACGGAAGUUCCUAACGGAGCGUUUGGUUGUCGGACACCACCCACACCGACCCGGGAUGAGCCACCGCUGCAAAUGUUGGACGCAGUCAAACUCGAACCCUAUGAAGUGGGCAUUAAUGGUGGUGGUGGUGGUGUCGUUGACGGUCCGACCAUCAAUGGAGGUGAUUGUGGCAUGCCGAGCGGAUCCGGCAUCAGCGCUGAAUCGUCUCGCGUGUUUGGACGGGUUCAACAGCAACCCGAUUUGCUGGCGCUCUCCUCAAGCCGGCCUACGAUUAAACAGGAACCUGCCACUGAUUCUAAUGCUGCCGGCGGUAGUGGAGGUGAUGGUGAUGGUGGUGGGUGCUUUUGUCAGGAAUGUUCCCGCACGCAACCACGACCUGAUCGGGAGGAGCGAAACAGUCCACCGAUUAAGCGAGAGUGUUGCUCGUGCUCUCCUGCAUCAACACCGGCACCGGCAGCAGCAGCAAUGGCACCCGUUCUUCCUUCAUCUUCUGGCAUCCAAUCAACGGAAUCCGUUUCGUUACCGGACACGAAACAGGGCAUCGUGAAAUUAGAACCAUCGGAGGAGCUGCCGACUCGCCCCACACCACCACCACAAGUUCCGUCCGAGUGUGCUAGUGAGAGUGCGCCUACAGUUAAGCAGGAAGUGGCGGCCACAACAACGGACUGUUGUAACAGUAGUGGAACCGCCGCCCCUGUGGAUGUAAAACCACCGCUGUCAAACGUUGAAAUCGAACACGAGCAGGCGGAGGAUGCGAAGAUAACCCUGGACAACGAGACACUGGUUGCCAUGGACAGCGGUACAGCCGAUGAUACUGCCGUGCCCAUCAACGCAGGACCCGUUGUGUCACAAUCGUUCAGUUUGGUGUGCGCCCCAGACGCACCGGAUACUGGCGCCGGCAGUGGUACGUCACAAUUGCAAUCAACCAUGUCCACCGAACCGUCCAAAGCGGGACCGAGCGGAUUGAAUCGGCCCAGGCGUGGCGAAGCAGCUGCUGGUCCGCUGUUUGUGCCGAGUCGUCUAAACAGGCGAAGAAAUUGCAUUCCGUUCUACAGCGACGACGACGACGAUGACGACGAUGAUGAUGACGACGAGGACGACGACGAUACGGACGACGAAGGUGGUAACGACGGUGGCGGCGUUGGAGAUGGUUAUGGAGCGUACAUCAAAACAGGCAUGGAGGAGGACGUUAUUCUCGUGGAGGAUGACGUUGGUGCGGUUGGCGAGAGCAAGACGGAGGGCGAUUUUGCGAUGGACCCGCUGGCAGUGGACAACACGCAAACGCAGGUUGCAUCGAGUUCGGUCUCCGUCGGGGCCGGAGGUCAAGCAGCGGAUGGAGCAACUCCAGCCGGCGAAUCGCAAGCGCCGGCAGGCAACGACGAGCAAACGAACCCAUCCGACACCACCCGUCGACUGUUCGGUUCGGAGGCGCUGGAUCCCCAUCCCGAUCUGCAGCUCGAUUGGAUCACCGAUUCAAGCAGCAUCAGCAUUAGUGAUGACAACGAUGACGUCAUCAUGAUCGAGCGCAUGACCGAAGCGAGUGGUAAUAAAGCUCCGUACAGCAACACGGCGUCUGUGGCCGGUGGCGCCAGUGGGCAUGGUGGAGAUGGUGGCAGCAGCAGCGGUGUGCUACGACGCCAGCGGCGCACCCGUAACCGCCACCCGUCCUCCCGGGCGGAACCAAUCGAUCUGACCAACGAUUCGGACGAUGACGACGACACCGAUCUGGAGGUGGUGCGGUCGGCGCAGCACGCCGGUGGCAGUUCCGGCGUCCGUCCGAGCUGGGUACAGGAACGCUCCGCCUGGUUGCGGCGGCUGCGCAUGGAACGCGGCAGUACCUCUGUGAUGCGCCGCUAUCUUAUUCACGCGCUCCAAUACAAGCGCAGCCGCCGUGAGUUAGCCGCACCGUCCGAUUUGCGCAGCUCGGGCAUGGAUCACCGGUCACCGCGCCCUCCAGCAUCCUCCUCGCACAAGCUGCUCAACACGCACUUUGUACGUACCGGCACACCGCCGGUAAGCAGCUCCGCUCGCUCGCGCCACCUCAAUACACCACCGUCCGGUGCGCACAAUCCACGCUCGUCUGCCGGUGGUUCCGGUCGACAUGAGCGCCGGCUCGAUGGAGUUCCAUCGUCACUGGCGAGCGUACCGGACAGUCACAGCAGUUACUCGGCGGCGAGCGCGGCCAGGCACGGGUACAUGCGCCGGUGGCAUUACCCGCGCCAGGAGGGUGCAGCACCGACGGACCUGGCGAUGCGCGACUGCGGCUGUGUCCGCUGCCCGAUGCUGGUCCGUUCGCUGAACGAUCCGCACUACCUGCAGCCACAUCCGAACGCUUCGCAUCACCUCCUGUCGGAGGAGUGCGUGCACUGUCAGCGCCCGCGGGGACCGGACCAUCAACUGCACGCGCUGCAAACGAUCACACCCUCGCCCAUUCUAUCUACCUCCUAUUCGCCUGCCUCCCGAGCCCAGCAGCAGCAGCAGCGCCAGAUGGACGGGGUGUCAGGCAACGUCGUGACCGGUGGCGGCAGUGGUCUUGCUAUCACUCCGGAUGUGGUCGAUUUGGUAUCGAACGAGGAGGACAUCAUCGAGCAGCCGCCAUACGGGAGUGGAGGGCCGACGCACGGUACAGACGUGCCUUCUGCCGGGGCGGCUGGGUCCAGCUCGGCCGGUUCCGUGAUUGACAACACAUCACUCGGCAGCUUCGCCGGCGGCUACAGCCACGGCCGGCCGCUGAACGUGCACUACUCGCCGAACAGCAUGUGGCGCAACAGUGCCGGCGGACCGGCGAACCACCACCACCAUGCCGGCUCGUCGCUGGUGAUGACGCGAAGGCGCGACCACGCCCCAUCGUCCUACCCGUCCCGCUCGGACAGUCCGAUCGACUAUUCCGGCUGUCAUCCGCUGGGAAGUUGCCACGACCUAGACGCACCGGACGACCACCACCACCACCACCACCAUCUGCCGUCGGAGCUGCUCGCCCCGACACCGCCGGUACUGCGCCGGACCAACGACCACAACAACAAUGCAGCUGCUGCCAGCACCGCUGUGCCCGGAGGAUCGAGAGCACCGCCACCGCCUCCGCCUCCUCCUCCACCACCACCACCGCCAUCACUGCCGCCGCCGACGGUCCUACCACCACACGUGGUGGACGGGUUCAGGUUUGGUGGCUUCGAGCACUACCACCAUACGCUCACCGAAGGCACUGGCAGCAGCGGCAGCUGGGGCCCGUCCGCCUCUCUCGAUGCGCGUGUCCCCCUGCCGGCGAUGUCGUCCGUGUCACCGCCCCCGCUCAACCUGGCCCAAAGCCUCACCGCGCUCAGGCAGCGGGCGUCGCAGCUGCACCGCCGGCUCGAAACGGUCAUCCAGCGGCGCCACCCGUACGCGCCGCACGAGUCGCUCUGGCUGCGGCAGCAUCAGGCGGCGGAAGCGCAGCGCCGCAUGAUGUCCGUCGUGAAUGGGGCCGGCAGUGGGGGAGGGGAUGGCAUGAACGGCGGAACCGCGACACCGCCCCUGCAUCAUCGCUCCUCCCGGGUGGCCCCGAUGACGAGCUACAGCGCGCGGGGCGCACACUACGACGGGAUGUAUCCGCUGGUGGCGGCCGUUGUUGUACCGGGAACCGCUGGAACAGCCGCGGGCAGCAGCAAUGCCCACUCCACCACUUCCUCGUCCUCCUCUGCCUCGUCAUCUUCCUCCUCGUCCGUUGCGGCUCAGCAGCAGCGGACACAUCAGGAAGACGUUCCUCCGGUUAGCUGCCCCCGCCACAACAUUGUCCAGCUUCGGAAUUUCCGGGGCGGUGGCUCGUCCGCCACCAGUACGGCCGGUGCCACACGGGGUCAACCACCGCCACCGCCUCCCUCAUCGAUCCCGCCGUCCGCUACGGAUGACAGCAGCGCGGCAGGCGGCAGUGGAGGCGCCACCGGCAGCGACGGCACCACCGACUACGUUCGCUUUCCGAUCUCCGUGCGCACCAGCACGAUGCCACCGUUCAAUCGGUACUACGCGAACCUGCACAACACGCAUCCGCGCACGAACCCGGCCCCGUCGACCGACCAGGGGCUGAAUCUGCGCGUGCAUCGUCCGCUGCGGCGUGUUACCAGCGAUGCAAACUAUCUGUUCCGGCGAAACGACCAUCAGCACGUGCAUCAUCACAUGUACCAUCACAUACCGACGCAGGGCAACUUUCUCGGAAGCCAUUCGGAAAUCCAGUUCAGCAUUGGGUUCCGGCCCAGCUUGCUGUCCAGCUUGAAUCGGUUCGUGCGUGUCAUGGAAGAUUCCUGCACCAGUCGGGGUGCCACGCAGGAAAUGAUCGAAACACACACGUUCCCGCACAAGUACAAACGGUUAAGGCGCGCCAGCGAGACGGACGAGGACAGCGAAAAGUGUACGAUCUGUCUGUCGCAGUUCGAAAUUGAUAAUGACGUUCGCCGCCUCCCUUGUAUGCACCUGUUCCACAAGGACUGUGUCGACCAGUGGCUGGUGACGAACAAGCACUGUCCGAUCUGUCGCGUCGACAUCGAGGUCAACUUCAACAAGGACUACAGCAUUUGACAGCCGCGCACCAGCAGCAGCAGCACGCCGGUGGAUGGGCCGCGGCAGUACCACUACACCGCCGCACUGCCCCUGGUCGUAGCCCAUCUGGACGAGACGACGCUCGACGGCGAGGGUGGCGAUGGUACUGGUACGGAAGAGCCACCACCCGCAACAGCUGUCGGUGAAGAGGUUGACGAAGAGGUAGAAGAAGAAGAGGAAGAGGGGGAGGGUGAAGAAGAAGAGGAAGAGGGGGAGGGUGAAGAAGAAGAGGAACAGGAGGAUGAAGAAGAGGAGGAGGAGGAAGAGGAGGAAUCGUUGGCAAUGCCAACGAAUGCGGAUUGCUUUCUGCACUAGCUUCCUGCUGCAAGGCGCUUUUCCUAGCCUCAAUGGCCCGUCGUCCCACAUCACUCCGGAAACGGUGAUAAGGUUGGUGGAAUCGGAUGCAACAAUCAGGCAAUAUCGUUAUAAUUUAAUUUCACGUGUAAAGCAACGUAAAUAUUACCAGCCUCUAGUGUGAUAAGUCAUUGCUCAUAAGGUGAACAGAAGGGGAGUGGAAAUACGUUUUCAACCUAUAUGCACGCUCGAAAUCGAUCUCCACCACAACGGUGUUGGAUGAUACGACGCCGUAUAUGUUCGAUUAGGUUUCGUUUUGUCUUGUCGUGAAAGCGCGCUGCCUUCAAAAGGGCAAAGUUUGGGUGUGCUAACACCGUCGAUACGACGCAAGUAAGAGAUAUUGUAAAACAUGGGGGGGGGGGGGGGAGCGAGUUAAU